CAAUGGUAUGGGUUAAUGAGUUGUUGUGUUUGUGUAAAUUGACUUAGUCUCUUAGCAAUUAUCAUAGGCUGGAAAUGACCUUCCUUUCAAGUUUUCAUCCAUCAUAAUGUAUGAAAUUUAUCUAAAUUAGCCAAUUAGGCGUCCAUAUGUUGUGGUCUACACUUUACAUAUACAAAUAUACACUAUAUGAGCAAUAUUGAGCUUUAUAUUUUAUGAGUCUAAAAGGGAUGAACGUUAACUCUUGAGUGGUUAUGCAAAGUAUUAAGUAUGUGUAUAUAAUAUAUGUUAGAUAUAUGACUAAUUACUUAACUUGUUAAUUUGGUUUGACUGGUUAGGAGUGUCUGAAACCAAACCAAACCACCUAAACCAAACAAGCUAAAAACGUUAACCAAACCAAUUAUCCAAAUUAACCAAAUCAAAUUAUCCAAAUAGUACCGGUUAAACGGUUACCACGGUAACCAAACCGUUUGAACACCCCUAUUUGCAACGAUUUAAAAUGAAAAAUACCAUUGGAUUGUUUGGCUUGUGGAUUUAAAAAGAAAAUUGUCUGGUCUCUAAAAAAAAAGCUCAUUAUUUCAAAAUUCUUGCUCUCUAUGUCAAUUCUCAUAAAUGCAAAAUAAGACAAUUCAAAUUGUUUGUAUUCCUAUACCUCAUUUUGUAUUGUCAAAGAGAAAAACAUUUCAAAUUAAUUGGACCAAAUUUCCUCGUGCCAUUGUUACAUCAGUACACCACCACAUUUAUUUUCGGUGGGAUCACGAUUAAGAUGGAAUCGAAUGGCGAAGAAGAGAAAAAAAAUGGCGAAAACAUCAUCAUCAUCAUGAAGAAUGAUAGCGAUGAUCUCCUCAUGAUUUCCCAUUUCUCCAUUUCCUCCCACUCCUCUUCUUCCUCUUGAGUCAGUCUCACCUACUCCUCUCUAACCCACUUCUCCCACCCUUCAAAGAAAAGAAAGCAACAAACAAAUCAAAAGCUCCUCCACAAGAUACUCUCCACCAAAGUCUUCCCCUUUCCCCUGCAGCCACUAAAUCUUUUGCUCUGCUUUUUCUUCUUCUUCCCCCUUCUUUGCUGGUUCCCACCUUCUGCAAAUUUCGUUGCUUGGCUUCGUUUUCUUCCCAAAGAUGGACUCUUUCAACCGAUCCACCGGUCCCCGGUACCGCUACAGCCGGAUGGACGACGACGGCGACGGGCUGCUGCAAAUCUACGUCCACCACGCGAGGAACAUCCACAACAUCUGCAUCUACGACAACCAAGACGUGUACGCCAAAUUCUCCCUCACUUACAACCCAGACGACACCGUUUCGACCAGAAUCGUCAACGGCGGCGGGAAGAACCCGGAGUUCAACCAGCGGCUCGCGAUGAAGGUGGCUCAAUCCGACGCCGUGUUGAAAUGCGAGAUCUGGAUGCUGAGCAGAGCUAGGAACUUGAUGGAGGAUCAGCUUCUGGGUUUUGCUCUGGUCCCAAUUUCAGGGGUUGUUGGGAAAGGACAGGUGUCAGAGGAUUACAGCCUGUCCUCCACCGAUCUGUUUCAUUCCCCUGCCGGGACAGUGAAAUUGACACUCUGUUUAUCGCCUUCGGUCGCCGGCGCGUCAGGGGAGAGCAGUAAUUGCUCGAUUUCGUCGGAGGUCGUGCUGCUGGACCGGAGGAUCUCGGAAGUGGUCGCUCUGGAUCCGGUGGAGUAUUCGAGGAUCGAAUUCCCCGAUAUCGGAGUUGCGAAGCAGAAUCAGGAGAUGGCUACGGAGUAUUUCCACCGGAAAUUGGGAUCUUUCCUCCAUCUCGGGAAUUCCUCUGUUUUUCAUGAUUGCGAAAUGACCGCCGCCGACGGUGGUUCGAUUUCUCCCGCCGACAGCGUUCACGUCUCGUCUGGGUUUUUUAGCUCUACCACGACGAGCUUGAGCGAAGACAGGAAUUCAUCGGAUUCGAAGGAGAAGAAGGGCGGUAACGGCGGUGGAGGGGGGCGGUCGUCGUCGGCGUAUCUCAACGUCUCUGUUUCCGGCGAGGGGAACCAGAGCUCGUCCUCCUCCGGCGGGUGCCCCGACACCCCGACGUCGAGGAAAGGGAGCGAAAUCAGGGACCGGAAAGAAGGCAGAGAGGAGGGGAACGGGAAUUCGAUCGACGGAGGGGGGAAAUACGGGAAAGUUGGUCCGCCGGCGCUGGUGCCGGACAUGAAUUUGGAGGCAGAGCAGUCGGCGAUGCAGCAGCAGAUAGUGGAUAUGUACAUGAGAAGUAUGCAGCAGUUCACCGAGUCACUCGCCAAAAUGAAGCUUCCGAUGGAUCUGGACAAACCCAGAAGCGCCGGCGGCGGCGAUUUGAGUCAAUCACAACAUGAGAACGGUGAUCGUAAAAUGAUGGAGGAUUUCGAUCCUCCGCAGCAGCAGGAGCAGCAGCAGAAGAAGAAAAAGGAUGGAUCACGGGUGUUUUACGGGAGCCGAGCAUUCUUCUAACACAGUAACUUAAACUGCUCCGAAUUACAAGGAGCUUAUUUCCUGUUCGGUAUUUUUUUUUUUUAGCGAUUAACAUUUUGUUUUCCUCUUUGUUGUUGAUGAUUAACUAAAAUAUCAUGAACUGUGUUGAAUUGAUUGUUUGAUUAGAUGAAAGUUUGGAGCUUUACCUUUCAUGGUGAAGGGAAAAACUGUACCUUUCAGUGGUUGUUUGAACAUGGAUGGUUCUUUGCUUGUUCGUACUUUGAGUUGCAUCGUGAUCAUCUUGUUGCAUCGCCAAAUUCAUUCUCAUUCUUAAUUCGUAAAAAUCUAUACACUAUUUAUUUCCUUUUGGAUGGAAGGUUCUUAUAACUAUUUUACUUUGGCGAUUUUCGAAUAUCCGUGAAUAUAGGUGGCAAUUGGAU